UGGUAAAUCUCGAUAUAUCGACCAGCACUACAACUAGCUCCCCUUACCCUGUGCGGGAGCGCGCACGCUGGUCGGACUGCGCGGGAAUGAGUGGCUCGUGAACGCGCGGCGCAGGAGGAGGGGGUCGGGCCGCAGGAAACAAACCCAGAGCUGAAGAGUGUGUAAUGUCCGCCAUGUUGUUCAUGGCGCGCUGAAGCACAGAGACAGAGCGGCGCUACUGAGAAACCAGACCGACCGACAGAGAGCGACCGAGCCCCGGGCCUUCUCGGCUCCCUUCUUCCCACUGGACUACCUUCUGUUCGCUCAAGCGAAGGAGUGAGUGCUCAGAGCGGCACACUUUCCUCAAUGAGAGCGCUAACGGUUUCAUUUGGGAAUCUAACCGGAGCUCCUAUGUUUCUGCUGCGCUUCUCCGCACAAUAAAAUGAGCAAACUAUCGUUUCGGGCGCGGGCGCUGGACGCUACCAAGCCCUUACCCGUCUUCCGCUGCGAGGAUCUACCAGACCUGCACGAAUAUGCCUCUAUCAACCGGGCAGUGCCACAGAUGCCCACUGGCAUGGAAAAGGAGGAGGAAUCGGAACACCAUCUCCAGCGGGCUAUCUCAGCGCAGCAGGUGUAUGGGGAAAAGAGAGACAACAUGGUAAUCCCAGUGCCCGAAGCAGAGAGCAACAUCUCCUAUUAUGAGUCACUUUACCCCGGAGACUUCAAGAUGCCAAAGCAGCUCAUUCACAUACAGCCUUUCAGUCUGGAUGCAGAGCAGCCAGAUUAUGAUCUGGACUCUGAAGAUGAGGCAUUUGUGAACAGGCUGAAAAAGAAGAUGGAGGUGGGAGUUCUGCAGUUUGAGCUGAUGAUUGACAGGCUGGAGAAAGGCAGUGGCCAGCAGCUGGUGACUCUACAGGAAGCGAAGCUCCUGCUGAAAGAGGAUGAUGAGUUGAUCAGGGAGGUGUUUGAGUACUGGAGCAGGAAGAGGAAGUCAAGUAAAACUGGAGCAAUUGCCCCAGUAGUAAAACAGGAAAAGCGUGAUGGCUCCAGCACUGGUGACCCCUAUGUGGCCUUUAGGCGCAGGACAGAGAAAAUGCAGACCAGAAAGAACCGUAAGAAUGAUGAAGCAUCAUAUGAGAAGAUGCUGAAACUGAGGAGAGACCUUAGCAGGGCUGUCACUAUUUUGGAGAUGAUCAAGAAACGUGAAAAGAGCAAGAGAGAGCUGCUGCACCUGACACUGGAAAUAGUGGAAAAGAGGAACAGCAUGCCUGACUUUGGUGUUGAUGUGAUGGCAGAGGCACUGGCCACUGCCAAGCCCAUUUACAAGAUUCCCAUCAUUCCCUUACCCAGCGGCAGUCAGUACCGCCACCAGGACCACCAUGAGCUCAAAGACUAUAGAUCGAAGCCUGAGAAGCCUGAGGUUGUCCGAACCAAAAGGAAAUAUGAGAAAAAGCCCAAAAUCCAGCCCUUCUCCUCUUCCCAGUCUGGCCACUUUAACCUUAAUGACCUCAACCUGUAUGACUUUCCUAACUCAGAUGAAGAUCCUUUCUCACAGAUGCAUUCUGGGUCAUCGGAUGCUGAGGAGGAAAACGACCCUGAUGGAGCAUUUGUCUUCAGAAGGAAAGCUGGAUGUGUUUACCAUGCAGCUCGUUUGGAUCAGGUGGGAAGCUGGCCAUGGUGCAAUGAAUCUGAGGGUGGAUCCUGUGAUCCACGGUUCCGUUACUCGCUUACCAGCCUUUCUGCACCACCCCGCUGUCUGGGUUUGGCACGGCGAAGAGUGGGACGAGGCGGCAGAGUGCUUCUCGAUCGGGCCCAUUCGGAUAUGGGCGACAUUUUUCACAGUUUGGAUUCACACAUAGAAGAGUCAGCUGCUUCUGCUUCUCCUCUUCACUCAGAGAACUCCUCUUACAGCAGUACCUCAAUCCCCACCCCAUCAUCCCCAAGCCAUCCCCCUCCCUCUUAUUUUUCUUCAUCGUCUGACCUACGGCAAGUCCUGCGCAAUAUUAAGGCCUGUCGCUGGAGACACUUUAAACCACGGACACUAAAACGACAGAUAAAUCCUGGGGACCGGUCGUCCCACAGAGGCCUCAAGAGCUUCCCAAACACCCCAUUAGGAUUGUGCACUAACACAGUGAACAGAGGGACUGCUGCUUUACCUUCUGCAGUUGCAUUCACAGCAGAACAGUUCCAGGAGCAUCAGGAACAGCUGGCUCUCAUGCAGAAACAACAGCUGGAACAGAUCCAACAGCAGAUAACUGAUGUUCCCAACCACUCACAGGCUGUUGUGUCAAAAAUGCUGGAUUCAGCCAGCGCCCAUUUUGCUGCCUCUGCUCUGCUCACCUCUGAUCAGCUGUUGACCCUGAAAGUCAAAGAGGAUGGUGUUAUUGGAAGUGGAGUAAAUGGCAUCCUUCAGGCAUCAGGGGUUUAUAAGAGCUCACACGUGUCUACAUCUUCUAUCCACACAAGUCCAUCUCCAAUGAGGUUGACCUCAACCCCUGCUAGCUUACCCACUGCUAACAGUACUAACUCCACUACGAGUUCUGUCCACAAUAUUCACUCCCCCCUCAGCAACCACGGGAACAGUACUGCUAACUCAGCCCCCCAGCUUCUGAUUGGCAGCAGCAUGCAACAGCAGCAUCUCCGUCUCAGCAUGGCCACACCCCAGAUCGCCACCCUCAACUCUCGCCACCUACCCAGAAGUCUCGGCGGCAUGCCACCUGCUGCCUUGAAGCUAGCAGCCGCUGCUACCAACUGUCAACUCCCCAAAGUCACCACUGGGGAGAAUCAUGAACAGGAUAAGCAGCCCCUCAACAGUAUAGCGGAAAACACAGUCGCUAUGGAGGUGACGUAGUAACUGUUGCCUGGGCGACAAUUUCCCACCCACUCCAUUUCUUUGGUGCUGUGCACCAAUCGCUUCUGGGAAUGCAAAGGGACAGCGGGUUUUCACAGCAGCUGUCAGACCUUGACAGCAAAUCUCAAUUUUUUUUUCUUUGUCCUUUUCUCUCUUUUUUUAAUAUAUUCAUCACUGUUAAUAAGAGAAAAUCCAUAUGUAAAUUAUGAAUAUGGCCAAUAUUCAAUGUACAGAAACUGCAUAAUUGUAUAAAGUAAAAAAAAAAAAAAAAGGUAAUUUCCUCCACCCUCCAAAAGUGUAUAUAUGUUAAACCUGAAUACAGAUUUGUUCAUUUGUGAUAUUUUGCACUUAGGAUAUUACAAAAAUGAUCAAGCAGAAGGAAAGGGGAGGAAAAUAAUAUUGAGAUUGAGUGUAAGCUGUGUUGCACAAGAGAAUGACUAAGUCAUAGUGUUGUGCAUGUAAGGAAACCUGCUGUUUUACCUAUUUAUUGUGCUGUGUUUACACUUUCUUUUUCCAUGAACACUGUACCCUCAUCUGUUCCUGUGGUGUAGGUUUUUGGCUAGCUUUACCUUUUUUUACAUUGUGAACAGCAUCAGGUUCUUCAUUCUCUUUCCAAAUCACAUGAAUGCAACACAACCUUUUCCUUCCUCCUCCCAAUCUUUUCAAUCAUGUCCCCAGUUUGUUCAUUUCUAGUUCAUUUUGGUGUUUUUGUUUGUGGGUAGGCUGUGUGGAUUUGGGUCACUCUGUGGGUAUGGUGGGUGGAGUGGAGUGUAGGAAUCUUCCAUUAACUAAAGAUCCCAAAACAAGUGAUGACAGGUCAUGAAGUGUUCACUCGGAAGCAUCUGUGGCUUCCACCUCAACUAAGCACUGUUUUGUUUUAUUUUUGUUUGUUUUGUUUUAUUUAGUGAUUAUUGCUGCUUUUGUAUAAUUUCAGUUCCUUUUAAUACUCUGAAUUAUCGUUUCCCCUUCCCAUAUUAAUUUCUUUGUACAACAGAGACAAUUAUUUUUGUAACUUUUGUUAUAGUUUUGUUUCAGUUCUUGUGGUGAAGCGACUUUGCGCUUCGCGUGGUGAAAGGCAUUGUCCUUGUCAGUAGCCGUCACUGAUAAGCGAAUGCAGAUGAUUGUCCAUUGUUGCUGUGCCCGUGUCUUUAUUUCAGCAAAAUGGCAAGAUUUAAAAGGAGCAGGAAGCUUCACAUCCAGCUCCAGUUUCCAACAGACUUCAGACUAUUUCAUGUCCUAAAACCACAAGUAAAAAAAGGUGUGCCUUCCUUUGGGAAUAUGCUGCUUCAUCUCUUCCAUGAAGAGGAUAGCUCUCGGGCAAGACUGCAGUCCUGCAGUUCUAAUUUGUCCAGAGCCUGGAUCUCCGAUACCCAGUCCACUGGCUGAACUAAACCUCCGUCUAGUCAAACCUGGUGGCAGCUAAAGAAUUAAACUAUUAAAAAAUUUGAGGGGGAAAAAAUAAAUAUUAUUGAAAAAUCAAGAGGGGAAAGAUGUGACCAUUCACACAGAAAUCUGACAAUAAAACCCAGGUUAUGUGAUAA